AUGGGAGUCAAACAGCGUAUGCGGAUCAAAAUGACUGGGUCGCGAUGUACGGUCAAAUUGGCGAUGAAUGCGUGUCGGAAUCCACUGUUCAGUCAGCGUUUCAACCUUAAAUGUUGA